UCUGCCUCCCUUGCUGCUUCCUGGCUCAGUCCUCUUUUUCCUGGCCCACCCCCGAGCCCCUCAGCCCUGCUCAUAGAUCCACCAGCUUUUAGGAAACUCGCACAUAAAGCAUUGGGCAGGAAAAGCCCAUCCCUGCAGAGACGUGGACCUGCCCGCUGCCUCCGUUCACGUUUGUCACAAACCAUCUCAACAAGCAACAUGGCAGCUUCCGGGCCUCUCCCAGGCAACCUCACUCCCGAGGGUCCUGGUCCCAACAGGGAGAUCAAGCUGCCCUGGCUGGGAUGACCUGCUCUGACGGAUGGGAGAGAGGGAGUGGACACCCGUGUCUUGCCUCAGGACUCAGGUGCUCUCCAGGAGUGAGAUACAGGCUCGAUUGUAAGUUAUAAAGUGAUGCUUCCCUGUGGGAAAAAGUGCUUCCAAUAUAGACUGUGGGACAAAGUCUGAAAGUCCACGGCCUCCCGUUUCCACCCCGUCUUGCCUGUGAGUCAGAGAGAAACAGUGCUAGCACGCAGUAUGCACCUGUCCAGAGGCUGGCUGUUUGAGGGGCACAGGUGUGCACGCCUGGGGAUGGCUAAGUGGAAGGUACAGGUCAGGAUUAUGAUCGUGCAGACAGCCACCCACUGGCAUGACAUCUGUGGCAUCCUGGGGCGGCCAUGGGGCUCUCAGGCCCUCUGCCUGCCCCACAGGCCAUACUCCUGCCCUGGGCACAGCUGUCCUCAGUGCUGGCCUCUGACCCAACAUAGCCCCGUCCCAGAAGGUGCUCCCAUCACUGGCUGCCAGCCUGGACCCGACCCAGGCCCCUCCCACCUGAGGCCCUGCCAGGAACUGCCCAGCCCGGACACAGAGGAGGUUCCCGGGUGGACGUAGGGAAGAGCCUCCCAUUGUCCCAGUGGAGGAAGCUGCCCCACGGGCUGAGGAUGAGUCACGGGUUCGAGGAAUCACAUGGCAAGGCUGUGGGCAGGGCUUUUAUCUGCCCUCCUCCUACAUAAGGCCCCCCAAGCCCACACUGCCUCAGCAUCCCUCUCGCUCAAGAGCUCAGAGCCACUCAAAGCUGCAGCCAUGCCAUGCCUCCUGCUCACCCUGGGCAUGGCCCUGGUCUGUAGUGUCCAGGCCACAGACAUCCCCCAGACCAAGCAGAACCUGGAGCUCCCAAAGACUCCACCCCGCCUGCACCGGUUGCCACGAGAGCCAUGGUUGGGGGGAACCCCGUGCAGCCCAAGGCCCCCUCAGUUGGCAGGGGCCUGGCACUCCACGGCCAUGGCCACCAACAACAUCUCCCUCAUGGUGACGGUGAAGUCUGCUCUGAGGGUCCACGUCACCUCGCUGUGGCCCACCCCCGAGGACCACCUGGAGAUCGUUCUGCACAGAUGGGAGAACAACAGCUGUGUUGAGAAGAAGGUCCUUGAAGAGAAGACUGAGAAUCCGAAGAAGUUCAAGAUCAACUAUAUGGGAGCGAAUGAGGCUAUGCUGCUUGAUACUGACUACGACAAUUUCCUGUUUCUCUGCCUAACGGAUACCACCACCCGCAUCCAGAGCUUGAUGUGCCAGUACCUGGCCAGAGUCCUGGUGGAGGACAACGAGAUCAUGAAGGGAUUCAUCAGAGCUUUCAGGCCCCUGCACAAGCGUCUGUGGUACUUGCUGGACUUGAGAAAGACGGAAGCCCUGGGACUGCUGUGUCCCCAGCUGUCUCUUCUCUCGCUGACGCCUCCACUGUCCGCUCUCCUCCCACAGAGCCGUGCCAUUUCUAGUAACCCAACAGCUCGCCUCCGCCUCCAGGAAGACCAGACCCCCACCCUUCCACACCUCCAGAGCAGUGGGAAUUCCUCCUGCCCUUUCAAAGAAUGUCCACACCUCAGAAGACAAUGGCGUGGUCAUCCGUGUCCCCAUCCCCUUCCUGCUGCACGCCUGCACCGCAGGCGUCGGGGGGCUGCUCCCUGGGGGCAGUCUCUGGCAGAGAUUAUUAAUAAAUCCAUGCAGCAUGUUCUGUCUGGACGCACAGUCACCACUGGGUGUGGGAUUCAGGGAUGAGGGUCCGGGGUGGGAGACGGGCCCAGGCCACCACCUGGCAGAGCCAGAGCUACUACAAACCCGGGGGCAGCUUCUAGUGGAGAAAAGACCUCAACUUUCUUAUCUACAAAAUAAAAGGGUCCACUUUCACAAAAUUUAUGAAAUGUCUAGAAAAAUACAACUUCCAUCAGAAUCGAUGAGCCCAGAGGAAAACUCAUAGUCUUUAAUAGUGAAAUGGAUUAGCAAGACAAAAUUAAAAUCAAUGAAUCUGUAAUGAGCUCUUGUUAGAAGAAAAAAAAAAAGCGUUAGAAUCAGGAAAGUAAGAAAAUAGAAUUAAGGAAGAUACAAGCAAAAAUGACAAAAUCAGAGAAACUUGUCAAAUUCAUGCACCUGUGCCCCCAAGGUGGGGAAGGGGUGGGCGUGGUGCGAUUUAGCUCACCUGUCAGAAA